GACAGUGACAUGAAAGGGUUUUUGUCCAUGAACUUUCCUAGAAAGUUGUGGCAAAUUGUGGAAAGUGAAUAUUUUAAAUCAAUCAGCUGGGAUGAGCAUGGAACAAGUGUUGUCAUUAACGAAGACCUGUUUAAGGCUGAGGUGUUGGAAAGAAAAAUGCCUUUCAAAAUAUUUGAAACGGAUUCUAUAAAAAGUUUUAUACGUCAGCUGAAUCUUUAUGGUUUUGUCAAAGUUCGACACAAUAUAGAAAGAUCUGCUUCUCUAGCCGAAUUCCUGGCUGAAGAGAGAUCUGCCACAGCAUUCCAUAAGAUGCAAUUUUACCACAACCCAAAUUUCAGAAGAGAUGAGCCACAUCUGUUAGGAAGGAUGAAAAGAAGAAUUGGAAUAAAAAAUUCUAUCACAGCUACAUCUUUGUUGGAACCAGGCGUGGACAAUGAAGCUCCUAAAAAUGUAGAAAAGGCGUGCAAACAGACAAGUGUUCUAGAAGAAGACGCGCGCAGAUUUUAUUCUAAAAGUCCAAAUGUAAAUCAGCGACCCUUUCUGCCAAUGCAUCAUGGUCCGUCGACAUCCUCGGCCAGUUCUGUGAGGCCAUUAGAAUCUGGAGUGGAUCAACAUUUUGACUUUAGUCAGCUGCCUCCAUUUGAUUCACAGAACAUCUCCAGCAAUCACAAUAACACCUAUGGUAUUGGUUCAACAACCAUGGCGUCAUCAUCCUUGCUUCAAGUUCUACCUCCAAUGCAAAGUAACCAUUUUAACCCUGCGAUGGGGUUUCCAGGCUUUCCAUCAAUGUAUCAAGAUUUGGCAGCCCAGGCUAACCUGGUUAGUCUACUACCAUUCUUUAAUCCUUGGCUUUCAGUGCCCAUGAUUGCUGCCGCAUCUGCUGCGUACAUGACCCAUUCAUUCUAUCACAGCAGUUCAUCAUCUUCAAACCAUUGCCCAAAUUGUAACUGCUUUAAUGGUGCACAUCAGCAUGUGCCAAAGAAAGCAUAA